AUGACUCUCGAUAUAGGAAACGACCCACUGCUAUGUAAAGUAUUCACCGCCAGCCUACAAGGACAAGCCCUCUCAUGGUUCCACCGCCUACCUCCCAACUCUAUGGAUAAUUUCAAGGACCUGUCGGAAGCCUUCGUGGGGCAAUACUUAUGCUCUGCUCGACAUAAGCAGAACAUCAACACUCUGCAAAACAUAAAAAUGCAAGAUAACGAGUCCUUGAGGGAGUUUGUGAAGCAGUUUGAUCAGGCCGUGCUACAAGUAGAGGCUUACAACAUGGAUGAUGUCCUGCAGAUCUUCAAGCGAAGCAUUUGUCUAGGCACCCCAUUUUUCGAAUCACUCGCUAAAAAGCCUCCUACGACGAUGGACGACUUGUUCCGGCGUGCAAGCAAAUAUUCAAUGCUCGAAGAUGACAUGCGAGCAGCCACCCAACAAGUCUUAGUUGUCGGACAAGCAUCCAGAAGUGGCGCGAAAAGAAGUGCCAAACUUCCGGACCGGCCAAGGCCGUCCAAUCGAAGGCAGGAAGGGCCAAGUAGCUCGAAAAUGCCGCCCCUCACACCCUUUUCCAUAUCCUAUGAGAAGCUUCUCCCUAUGAUCCAAGACAUGUCCGACUUCAGGUGCCUCCAUUAUUUGGUCGAAAAGCUCAUAAAGGCGGGACAUUUAAAGCAAUACCUCCGCUCAGAUGCCAGAAGUGGAGAUACUUCCCGAAAUCACAACUCUGGAACCCCUAGGGCCCCAACCGCCCCCAAAGCCGUUAUAAACUAUAUUAACGGAGGCCCAUCCGACGAGGAGUACGACUCCAAACGAAAGAGACAAAGGUUGUUACGGGUAGCAUCGCCGUACCGCGACGCCCUCAUCUUGUCCCUAGAAAUAGGAGACUUCGACGUGAGACGCAUCCUAGUUGACCCGGGCAGCUCGGCCGAUCUUGUGCAAGCGUCGGUCAUUAGCCACAUGGGACAUAGUCUCACAGGCCUUGAAAACCCUAGGCGAAUUCUGUCCGGAUUCAACGGAGCGUCAACUACUUCCUUGGGAGAUAUUGUACUAUCGGUCCAAGCUGGCCCAGUCACUCUCCACGUACAAUUUUCGGUGGUACAAGAUUUAUCACUCUUCAAUGUUAUCUUCGGACGCACAUGGCUGCACUACAUGAAAGUCAUCCCCUCUACGUAUCAUCAAAUGGUAAGCUUCUUUACCAAGGAUGGGCAAAUCGACCUAUAUGGCAGCCAGUUAGCCGCUCGCCAAUGCUACCAGAUAGCACGAGAGGCAAGAACCAGUCAAGAGGAUGAACCUCUCCCUGAAUCCUCCCAUGCGUGGGACCAAUAG